ACCCUCUGUCACUCAAAUUUGCACAAUUGAAGGUAUUGAACGUCACUCGUUGAUUUAAGCCAAGUUAGAAUAGCAAUUGUGUCCGACCGGACCGAAUCUUUCAAGUUCACUUGUCCAGGAUCUAUAGGCACAAGCUCGUAUUGGGAUCACAAUGCCAUGCAACGGCCAGUCACAUCACUAUGCAUCUUCUGGAAUGGAAAAGUAAAGCGUGCAAUGAAAUGCUCACAGAGCAGUUGGUAUUCAUGUAGACUCAAUCCCCAAAUAACUCCCGAAGCACCCUUCCGCUUCGUAAUGCAUGGUUCCGUUCAUCCAACCGGGGAAUAUGCUCAUAAUCAUACACAGCAGCCUGCUUAUUUGGCGGCCGCAUCCUUGGGCAGCUCGCCCUCGACGGCUUGGCGGCCGACGUUGCUCAGGUCCUGGGCCUCCUUGCUGGCGGGCUCACGGAGACCGGCCUUGGAGGCAUCAUUGGUGCCAAUGUUGGCCUCGGCCUCGGAGCGGCCAGAGCCCACGUUGACGGUGCUGGCAUCGGCGGACUGCCAGUCGGAGGUGGCGGGAGGCUGCUCGGGGAGAGGGAGGUUGGCCUUGCGCUCCUCAAUGGUCUGGUCCUUUGACUGGGUCAUGUCUGGUGCAAAAGCUAUCAGUCGCGUGCUCCAUCUCCGCAAAGACGCUGAUGAGAACUCACUGGCUGUUGUGUGUUGUGUCUGGGUGGUGAGAGAAGGUGGAUUGUGUGUUGGAAUUCUGGCUUAUGGUGGUGAAGCAGGAGAUGUGAUGAUAUGAGAGGAAAGGAAAAAAGCUUGUCAUGUAGCGCAAAGCAUCUUAAAUGGCAAUCCCAUCGUCCUUUCAGUCUCUUCAACUUGCGUGUUGCGUCGUGUGAAGAGCCUGGACGAGCGCCUGACGUCACUGACGUCAAUUGAGGGGCAGAAGCUCCGGCCUCUUACGCCAAGAACCCCCACUAUCGCGGGCGGAACUGCGAUUACACGCUCGAUGUUUGCGACCCCGCUGGGAUUGGCGUUUGACACCUAAAAGUAUAGCACGUACGUAGUGCUGGAAUGAUGAGAGCA